UCUUGACCCUGAAACUUGCCUUCGAAGAAUCAAGAACCUUCCCACUUUACUAUUCUAACGCAGACUGCAGAUGGUGACCCAACACCCACAACACGCCACCUGGAUGGACAACGCAAAACUCAAACCAAACGUGGCUCCGCCUUACACUGGAAAAAAAACCCUUAUUUUCACCUUAUUCUAAUCACACUACUGCACCAACCUUACACGUGUUGCCACCUGUAACCGGUGACCUCAACAUGGUUAAUCCACUGAAUCAGGUUUAAUACAUUGUUGGUUACCAUAAGCCCGCUGUAUUUAUCAAACAGGCCCAUGUAAGAACCCCCUCUUGUGCUUGUUAUUCCGAAGCAAACUGGUUGCUUCAUCAUUUUCCUCCCCCUCUCACUUUCUCUUGCUGUUUGGCAUAGAGAUUAGAAAGGUGAGUGUUCCUGUGUUCGUGGGUUUUCUUUCUUUAAUUAAGAAGAUGGGGCUGUCGAACUUUCUAGGUGCAGGUGAAGGGGUGCUACCAGUGCUAGUAAUGAACACAGUGUUGUCAGUGGCUCUGUUGAAGAACAUGGUGAGAUCUUUGCUUCAAGUGAUGGGCAGUGCAACAAAUCUAGAGGAAGACCCAGCCGAGAAUCUCUCAAGACACAGAAGAAUAUCAAUAACCCAGUUCAAGUCUUUGUGUCACAACAACAGGGUGGCAACAAGCCGUAACAUUGAUGGUUGUGAUAGCUGCAGGAGUAUCUGCAGUAUAGCAGAAUGUUGCGUUUGUCUGUGUGGAUUUGAAGCUGAUGAGGAGGUGAGCCAGCUGGGUUGCAAGCAUUUCUUCCACAAAAGCUGCCUAGACAAAUGGUUUGAUAAUAAACGCACUACUUGCCCUCUUUGCAGAUCAAACGUCUAGAUCGUAAGAGUUCGUUAGAGAUUGAUGGUUCGAUUCUAGUUAGGACAAGGAUUUUUGGUGUUCUAGUUUUUAGCAGUUUACUUGUUUGUGCCCAGAAACAGAAAAGCCAACCAGUUUGAUUUUGAGCAAAAAUUAAACAAGACUAAGAGUGACUGUUUAUGUAUGCUUUAUGAUGUAUACCCUGUAACAUUGAAUGCCAAGAGGGUAUAACAUAAUAAAGGGAUUGAAGUGUUUUCUUACGAAAACAUUUGUAAGA